GGGCGCGCGCGGGGGGCCUGGGGGGGACGCUUGGCGUGGUCGUCUCCCCGCCACCCGCCGCACCAUGGGCAGCGCUGAGGACGCAGUCAAAGAGAAAUUGCUGUGGAACGUGAAAAGAGAGGUGAAACAAAUCAUGGAGGAGGCUGUCACCAGGAAGUUUGUGCAUGAAGAUAGCAGCCACAUCAUUGCACUUUGUGGUGCAGUAGAGGCUUGCCUUCUGCAUCAGCUGAGACGCCGUGCUGCUGGCUUCCUGCGCAGUGACAAGAUGGCAGCCCUGUUCACCAAAGUGGGGAAGACAUGCCCAGUGGCUGGGGAGAUUUGCCACAAGGUGCAGGAGCUGCAACAGCAAGCAGAGGGCAGGAAACCCUUGGGAGGCAGUCAGGAGGCCCUGCGGAGACAGGGCUCAACCAGUGGGAAGGCUCUAUCCCUCAGCCCACAGGCCUUGAAACACAUAUGGGUACGCACAGCACUCAUCGAGAAAGUUCUGGACAGGGUUGUGCAGUACCUGGCCGAAAACUGCAGCAAGUACUAUGAAAAGGAAGCAUUGCUGGCAGACCCUGUGUUUGGCCCAAUCCUGGCCUCUCUUCUAGUGGGGCCCUGUGCCUUGGAAUACACAAAGCUCAAGACAGCUGAUCACUACUGGACAGACCCCUCUGCUGAUGAGCUGGUCCAGAGGCAUCGUAUCCGAGGUCCUCCCAGUCGCCAGGACUCUCCUGCAAAGCGCCCUGCCCUGGGGAUUCGGAAGCGGCACUCUAGUGGCAGUGCAUCAGAGGACCGGCUAGCUGCCUGUGCCCGUGAGUAUGUAGAGUCCCUACAUCAGAACUCAAGAACACGGCUACUCUAUGGCAAGAACAACGUGCUGGUACAGCCGAAGGAAGACAUGGAGGCUGUGCCUGGCUACCUCUCCCUGCACCAGUCUUCAGAAAGCCUGACUCUGAAAUGGACCCCCAACCAGCUCAUGAAUGGAACUCUGGGGGAUACUGAGCUGGAAAAGAGUGUUUACUGGGACUAUGCCCUGGUGGUACCCUUCAGUCAGAUUGUCUGCAUCCACUGCCAUCAGCAAAAGAGUGGUGGCACACUCGUGCUGGUGAGCCAGGAUGGCAUUCAGAGGCCACCACUGCACUUCCCACAGGGAGGACACCUACUGUCCUUUCUGUCCUGUCUGGAGAAUGGACUGCUGCCUCGAGGACAACUUGAGCCGCCACUAUGGAGUCAGCAGGGGAAGGGCAAGGUGUUCCCCAAGCUACGGAAACGCAGCAGCAUACGGUCUAUGGAUGUGGAGGAGCUAGGCAUGGGUCGGGCCACAGACUACGUGUUCCGGAUCAUCUAUCCUGGGCACAGGCACGAGCACAUCACUAUUAACUACCACCACCUAGCGGCCAGCCGUGCGGCCUCGGUGGACGAUGAGGAGGAAGAGGAGGAUAAACUACACGCGAUGCUGUCAAUGAUCUGCUCGCGGAACCUCACAGCUCCCAAUCCGAUGAAAGAUGCUGGUGAUAUGAUUGAGAUGCAGGGCUUCGGGCCCAGCCUAGCAGCCUGGCAUCUGGAGCCCCUAUGUGGCCAAGGCUCCUCCUGCCUUUCCUGCUCCUCCAGCAGCUCCCCAUAUGCAACCCCCCACCACUGCAACUGCAUUCCUGACCGGUUGCCCCUCAGACUACUGUGUGAGAGCAUGAAGAGGCAGAUUGUGUCCCGGGCCUUCUAUGGCUGGCUGGCCUACUGUCGCCACCUGUCCACAGUGCGGACCCACCUGUCAGCACUGGUGCAUCACAACAUUAUCCCACCUGACAGGCCCCCUGGGGCCUCAGGAGGACUCACCAAGGAUGUGUGGAGCAAGUAUCAGAAGGACAAAAAGAACUACAAGGAGCUGGAGCUGCUGCGACAGGUGUACUAUGGGGGUGUAGAACACGAGAUCCGCAAGGAUGUCUGGCCUUUCCUGCUUGGCCACUACAAAUUUGGCAUGUGCAAGAAGGAGAUGGACCAGGUGGAUGCAGAAGUGGCAGCCAAGUACCAGCAGGUAUUGGCAGAGUGGAAGGCCUGCGAGGUGGUGGUGAGGCAGCGGGAGCGGGAGGCACACCCAGCCACGCUCACCAAGUUCUCCUCGGGCAGCAGCAUCGACAGCCACGUGCAGCACCUUGCGCAUCGGGAUUCCACCAUCAGCAAUGAUGUAUUUAUCUCUGUGGAUGACCUGGAGCCCCCAGGGCCCCAGAAUCCUGAAGAUUCCAGACCAAAGCAGGAACAGGAACCAGGAGUUGGAACUCCAGGCACCGCCAUGGUGGAGCAGCAGCUGUCAGUGGAGUUUGACUCUCCAGACUCAGGGCUGCCUUCCUCUCGCAAUUACUCCGUGGCUUCAGGCAUCCAGUCCAGCCUAGAUGAGGGACAGAGCGUGGGUUUUGAAGAGGAUGGUGGUGAAGAAGGUUCUGAUAGGCUGGCCACUGUACCCCACACUUUCUCCGAACCCCAGGAUCCCAGCCAGGGGAAGGUUGUACAGGACAGUGAGCUGGAAGCAGGGGAGGAUCAUACGUCUGUGUGUACUGCAGCUUAUACGAUAGAAUUACUGGACACUGUGGCCUUAAAUCUGCACCGCAUAGACAAGGAUGUGCAGAGAUGUGACCGCAACUACUGGUACUUCACGCCCACCAACCUCGAGAGACUCAGAGACAUCAUGUGCAGCUACGUGUGGGAGCACCUGGACGUGGGCUAUGUGCAGGGCAUGUGCGAUCUGCUGGCACCUCUCCUGGUCAUCCUCGACAACGACCAGCUGGCCUACAGCUGCUUCAGCCACCUCAUGAAAAGGAUGAGCCGGAACUUCCCCAACGGGGGCGCCAUGGACACCCACUUUGCCAACAUGCGCUCCCUGAUCCAGAUCCUGGACUCCGAGCUGUUUGAGCUGAUGCAUCAGAAUGGAGAUUACACCCACUUCUACUUUUGUUACCGCUGGUUCCUACUGGAUUUUAAGAGAGAGCUGCUGUACGAGGAUGUGUUUGCUGUGUGGGAGGUGAUUUGGGCGGCCAGGCACAUCUCAUCGGAGCACUUUGUCCUGUUCAUCGCCCUGGCCCUGGUCGAGGCCUACCGAGAGAUUAUCCGUGACAACAACAUGGACUUCACUGACAUCAUCAAGUUCUUCAAUGAGCGGGCUGAACAUCAUGACGCCCGGGAGAUCCUGCGCAUUGCCCGAGACCUCGUUCACAAGGUGCAGAUGCUCAUAGAGAACAAGUGAGAGCUGGAGCCAGAGGCAGCAGCAUGGGGAACUUGGGCAGCCCCUAAGCUCCAGUGGGGAGAGGCAGGACAUCGCAGCCCAGACUGCCUCAACCCCUGCCAACCCUGCCCACCCAGCUGCAUUCCUAACAAAGUGAUUGUGAGCCUGGGAUCCGACUGUGGGCAGUGCUGGCCCUGAAGGGCAAGUCAGGGCCAGGAUGGAGGGGUCAGCCUCAGGGAGCAAAUGCCUCGGAGGACACCUAUUGUGUUCACCUCUCAAAAUACCUGGAAACAGCCCUACUGCCAUUUGCAGUCUCAGCCUGGCCUAUUCACCAAUGCCUAGGGCCCUGUACGGUUAGUGGGAGCUACAGUGGCCUGGGCCCCAUCCUAGGAAGAGAUGCUUGGAGCAAAGGGCUCUGUGCUAUCUUUCCUGAGACCCUUUGCAAUCUGAUCAGCUGAGCAUUCAGGCAUGUGUCCUGGGAGCAGGAGACCUGGGAUACAUUCUAAGCCCUCCUAAGACUCUGGGGUAAACAUGGGCCCUGGAUGGGGGAGCAGCCCACUUCAGCAGCACUGCCAUUGCCUCUGGCUACCUGAGUAGCCCCAUGCACUACCCCACACUGCCCAGUGCAUCCACUAGGUCUGUACAGUGUCACUCCCACCAUCCUGCCCUUGCCAUAUGCACCAGACACAUCCCUGAGACUACAUAAAUGACACUCUAGCCAGCUGGAUGAUGUAGGAUGAGGUGGGAACCCCACCUUUGCAGAGAAACCCAGGGUGAUUCUGUAGAUGAACCUGUCACAGUCUCUUCUCGAGGACAGGCCACUAGCUUGGUGCAGCCAGUUACCUGUCCCAGGCUUCUGCUGAAUGCCUGGGGCUAAGGGAGAUGGAAGUGCCUGGGUCUCCCCAGUUUGUCCUUGGUGAGAAGCAAGGCUAGCUUCUACAUGUUUGUCGGGUUGCUGAGAGGCCUAGGGACCCAGAAAGCCCCCUGGAGCUGCACUUGUAGGGGUGUCAGUAAAGGCCAACCCUUGAAUUGAGGCCGAGGCAUGUUGCUUCCUUUGUCAUCCCAUAUCCCCCAAUCUUCAAGCACAUACAAUCUGGGUUGGCCCUGGGACUUGCUUGGCUCCUGCCCAGAAGUCACCAAGGUUUACAGGCUUGCUGCAUUUGAGAAACAUGAGAGCAGGACUUCGCAUCCAACAUAGCCUUCCCCAUCCUGCCUGGCCCCUGGCACUGCACGGCCUGUGUGGGGCCAGUCCACCCCCAUUACCCAUCUACCCUUGUCCAUGAUUCUUUGGCCUCCACCAAGCACGGGUGGCCAACACGUGUGCCUGCCUUAGUGACUUAGUGGUUUUGUGAAAAGCAGAGUGUGUACGUAAAAAUUUUUUUGGGGGGGAGGGGGGCUCAGAAACUAUACUCUUAAGUGUAACCAACCAAUCAAUAAACAACAUUUGGCAACGCUU